AUGUUGCCUCCAGUGCCUUCUCCAGCGGUCUAUGGGGUUUCAUCUGACCAUGGAUUUCUCUCUCCGGAGCCUCCACUAGAGGUCCUGCCAGACCCUUACUAUGCCAAGUGGGAAGCUAUCAUUGAGAACCUGCAGGCCCUCCUGCUCAGCAAACGCCUCCGGUCCAUGGUUGAUCGCCUACCAGUACUGUCCACAACCCACCUCCACACCGAUGCAGAAUGGCGACGGGCAUAUGUGGUGCUGGUAUUUAUGUUGCAUGGUUAUGUCUGGGGCGGUGACCGUCCAGUAGAGAGAAUUCCGCCUCAAUUGACUGUACCCCUGUUUGGGGUAUGUGAGCGGCUCGAAGUGCCGCCUGUUGCGACUUAUGCCGGUGUCUGUCUCUGGAACUACAAGCCGAUCUUCCCCAAUGAACCCGCCGAUGACCUUGACAACCUGGCCUGUCUCCAAACAUUCACAGGAUCCCUGGAUGAACAAUGGUUCUACCUGGUCUCCGUGGCCAUCGAGGCACGUGGAGGUCCCUCGAUUCCCCUUGUACUCCAGGCGAUUACGGCAGCACGGGCAGGGGACAACUACACUGUGACCGAGUGUCUCCAGCAGCUGGCCGAGAUUCUGGAUGAGAUCAAUGCACUCCUCCAACGGAUGUAUGAGAACUGUGACCCCUAUGUCUUUUACCACCGCAUCCGGCCGUACUUGGCUGGCAGUAAGAACAUGGCCGAUGCCGGGUUACCCAAGGGACUACUGUACGACGAUGGGCGUGGGGACCCCGAGUACCGUCAGUAUGGAGGUGGCAGCAAUGCACAGAGCUCUCUGAUCCAGUUUUUUGAUAUUGCUCUGGGAGUCGAACACCGACCGACAGGGGUGACUCGCAACCAAGGCUCCCCUCCUGAUGCCAACCCGAAAUCCCGACACAGCUUCAUCCAUGAAAUGCGCGCCUACAUGCCUGGCCCACACCGCCGAUUUUUAGAGCAUGUUGACUCUGUGGCGAAUAUUCGUGCUUUCGUACAAGCGCGACAGAACGACGCGGCGCUGCGGCUGGCCUACGACGCCUGUCUGGCCAUGCUGCGCGCUCUCCGCGACAAGCACAUCCAGAUUGUGUCGCGCUAUAUUAUUGUCCAGUCUCGCGCCCGCCGCGGCUCACAAUCGCAGGCCUCGGUCCCCACAAACCUGGCCACGGCCGCCCCGCCCGAUAGCAAGAAGCUGCGCGGAACUGGAGGGACCGCUCUCAUCCCGUUCCUGAAACAGGCUCGAGAUGAGACCGGUGAACCCGCCAUCGAUGCAUGGGCACAGAGACUGCUGAGCAAUGGUCCAGCCGAGGCGCACUCGGCAGCACUGAGUAAAGUCGGUGAGCAGCCCGACGGCCACCUCGAAAUCGUCGGUCUCUGCGGGACAUGGACAGCCGAUGAUAGUGAGGGUGGCAUCUGCCACUGGUGA